AUAACAAACGCAGCUAAUCAAAAAAUGGCUCAUCCCCGUCUUAUAAAACAGUUGAGCAUAGUAAUGAUCCCUCUUCUCGUGAUGAUAUUGACGGCGUCAGCGGCCAGGCUCGGCAAGACCGCGGUGGAAGCCGGCGGCGGGUGCGAGAAGGUGACAUGUCCGGCGGGUCAGAUUUGCGUCGUCCAGUGCCUUGACUCUUGCCAGCCCGUUUGCAAAUGCAACGAAACCGGCGGCGAUCAGGGAGAGAAAGGCGCCUGCAUCCGGGGAGAGAAGGGUCGCGGUAAGGGUCGUAAAGCCGGCAAGGGAAAGUGUAAGGGUCAAGGUAAUCAGUCCGGCGACGAUGAGGGAACUCAUUAACGAAUUACCGGCGUAUAUAGGUCAAGAGAUUAAUUAAUGAACCUAACUGCUUGAUUGUGCAGUUGAUCCAUGUACUUUGCAUCGUCUUAAUUAUUUGUACUUUAACAUGUCUAAUGAUAAAGAAAGAGAGAGAGGGAAUUAACCAAGAUGUAUUCUAACAAGAAUUUGUUGGGAGAGGUUGAAUAAUGAAUAUUAUAUAUAUAUAUCACGAAUUAAUAUGUUCUUUUAAUCGAAAGUCACUGAUAUUGGCUUGAAGUUUGCACAAGCAUUAGACACCAUAUGCUUAUCAAUGGGGGUUUUUAGAAUUCGAAUAGAAUUCACAUAAGAUU